UGUGGAAUUGCCUCUGGUGGAAGAAGGGUGCCCUCAAGCAUGGGAGCUAUACUAAAGCUAGUUGCAGCCAUCGCUGUGGUAGUGAUUGGUGCUCAAACAGUCAGAGUAUCAGCAUUACAUGACAGAUGUCCUCAUGUGACCGUAUCAUGUCGUUUAAUCACUCUGGAGAGCGGUGAGACUGUACAGUUCAUCCCGAAACUCGUGCAACCCGAUCAAAAGUGGUCAAAAUCCGACCUCCCAGCAGGCUACCUGAUUCCUGAUGAUGUCCGGCGUUAUUAUUGCACAGAACCAGCCUGCCGCUCUAACCCUUGUUUUAAUGGAGGCAAUUGCGAGGAGACGGACACAGGAUUUACUUGUCUCUGCUUAGAUGGCUACCGUGGUGAAAGAUGUGCAGAAAAUGUACCCAUCUCCUCGUUAAAGCUUCUUGGUGAAAAGAUAAAUGAAGGAACACUUUCUUUAGCGUCCCACUCCAGUCCUAACACGUACGUGCUGGUACAUCAAGAUCUUUGGAACAGGAACUUAUCCCAAUUGGCAUGCCAGUAUCUAGGGUUUGAAGGAGUAUUUGCGACGUUGAGCGGUCCACUGUACGAGUCCUUGUCCGUCGAUGCUCCAGCUGAAGCCGAAUCAGUGAUCUGCCCUCCUAAUGCCACAAACAUCACAGACUGCUGGUUCAAUGAGACUAGAGUGGGACGGAUAAACGAGAGUGAAAUUAUUUCCAUUGUGUGUUGCCCCGUGAACCCGUGUAAUAUAUCUGGUCAACCACUCGGCCUUGAAAGUGGUGAUCUUCCCGAUUCUGCUUUAUCUACAUCAUCCUGCUACUUGGAGUCCUAUUGCAGCCGUUUUGGCCGCCUGAACUCUGAGGCAGCCUGGAUCCCAGAAUCUUCCGACAAAUCCCCAUGGAUGCAGGUCCAGUUUGAGUCAAGUUAUAUCGUAACGGCCAUAAUGACUCAGGGAUACUGA